UUUCAAUGCGCCACUCUUUUUGCUCGCGCAGCCGUAAACAAAAAACGGCCACCGGUAUAGGGACUCUGGAUUGCUCCUGUUAUAUAGGAAAUGGCUCGUUGAAUAUGCAUACUUGAUUCGAGGCUUGCUCAUUUGAUUUAUCGACUCUAGGUGUGCACAAACACGGUUAGGACUAAAGUUUGCAAAUCAAAUUAGUUGGCUGACCGACCAACAACCCCCCCUCUCCAAUAAGCGCUGCUAACAGAAAAGUGAAAAUCGCUGCCAGCGCAGACAGACAACGGCCGAAACGGCACACCUGUGCACAAGUUAUCGGUCGUACUUGUGUGUACUCUAGUGGAUUUUGAUAGAACGCGUACAAUAAGAGCGCAAUUAACACAGGCACAAAGAAAAACACUUCGAGCAAGCGGGAGAAGGCAACGUUAUAAGUAAAAGAUUACGUAAGAAUUACAGACUAAAGUUCAGUGCGGGCUAAGGCAGGAAGUUAAAAUGCCGGAUAAUGCAGAGCCCAUCAAUGUGGACAAACCAUUGUUCGAUAUCACCACCUUUGUGGGUCGAUUCAAGUACUAUGCCUGGAUGACAGAUCCACGAACGGUACUGCUGCCCAGCGAGCGGCUGCUGCAGGCUAAGGAAAUGGUACAGAGAUAUCGAGCAGGCGAGCAGCCCAAUGAUCUGAAUCCCAAGGAAGUGCAGUACAACAUGAAGCUCUACAGCUCUGCCUUUCAUCCCGACUCUGGCGAACUGCAAAACUUUUGCGGUCGCAUGAGCUUUCAGGUGCCUGGCGGAAUGCUCAUUACCGGCGGCAUGCUGGCCUUCUACCGCACCGUUCCGGCAGUGAUGCUCUGGCAGUUUCUGAAUCAAUCUUUUAAUGCGAUAGUCAACUACACGAAUCGCAAUGCCAAUUCGCCCACAAGCGUCACUCAGCUGGGCUUCGCCUAUGUGUCUGCCACAACGUCGGCGUUGGUUGCCGGCAUCGGCUUAAAGAAUUACUGGUCGCGAAAGGCUAGUCCGCUGUUCCAGCGUUUCGUACCCUUUGCCGCUGUUGCUGCCGCGAACUGCGUCAACAUUCCAUUGAUGCGUCAGAACGAGAUUAUACAGGGCAUCGAGGUGAAAAACUCAGACGGUGAGAUAGUGGGCCACAGUCGUCUCGCUGCAGUCAAGGGCAUCAGCGAGGUGGUCAUCUCGCGUAUUACAAUGGCUGCGCCUGGCAUGUUGGUGCUUCCACUGAUUAUGGAGCGUCUUGAAAAAUUCCCUAGCUAUCAGCGCAUCAAGUGGAUAAAUGCGCCAUUCCAGACACUGAUCGUGGGCUGCUUCCUCUCCUUUAUGGUACCCACGGCUUGUGCCCUGUUUCCACAAGAAUGCUCGCUUAAAACAUCGACCAUGCGUAUCAUCGAGCCAGAGCUCUAUACAGAACUGGAAAGGAAUACGUCUGGCAACGUGCCUAAGCGUGUUUACUUUAACAAGGGGCUGUAAAAAAGAUUUGGAGCGCAAACUGAGGACAAUAAUGCGGAGCUGCUCGUGUGUUGAAAGUCAAUUAGCAUUUAAUGGAGUGUUAGAUGUUCCCUCGCUGUUUUUGUCUGCGUAUUAGUAACUAGCGUUUAAGCUUAAAGUAUCUCAUUACGUUGUUAUCAGAACGUAUACGCUCCUCCAUACUCACCUUGUUGUUAUGAGUAGGCAUUUUCAUGUUUUGACUGCAUAUCUGCUUCAUCGUUUGCAUAUGCUAAUUUUAAAUGUACUUGUAUUGUAUGUAGUUGAAAUUUUGCAGCGUGUGCUUAACAAAUUCCACGCCCAAUAAAUACUGUUUACCAACUGAAA